AUGCAGAGAGUUUUUGUAGCCAUCCUCACCUUUUCCCUUGGAACAGCAGGGGCUGCUCCAAAGUACAUCUGCACCUACUAUGACAUUGUUGACUACCUGAACAUCUCCUCUCACGACAAGCUGCACACUUACAUACUGCCCAAGACAAGCCUGAAGGCACCUGUGGAAGUGAAGAUGGAUUUUAUGCUGGUGGCAAUUCUCUCCGUGGUGGAAAAGCUCCAGACAGUCAGUUUUUACUUCGUCCUGAACCUGGAGUGGGAAAACACUUUUGCCACCUGGAACCCACAGGAUUUCUGUAACAUUUCUGAAAUCGUUCUGCCCAUGGAUACGUAUUGGUCUCCUCCAAUCUUCAUCUUGGAGAGAGUGAGUGGACAAAACCCAGACCUGGAUUACAUGGUCCUCAUGCACAACGGCAGCUUCAACUCCACCAGGCCCUUCCAGGUCACCUUAACUUGCAGCUUGAUGAUCCUCAAGUUCCCCUUUGACACUCAGUCGUGCAACUUGAGCAUAGCUUCAUUUCUCUACCCAGUAACAGACCUUGUCAUGAAGACGAGACGGACACCAGCUGAGAUGAUGAAUGCCAGCCAGAGCUUCUUCCUAACUGAUGGAGAGUGGAAGUUCACCAACCUGAGCAUCAUUGAAUACAUAGAACUUCUGGAUGAUAAAGAAUUUUCUGUCAUCACCUACAAGAUUUCCAUGGAGAGACGACCCACUCUGUACAUUCUGAACCUGAUCCUCCCAACCUGUGCCCUGUACCUGCUGGACAUGGCUGUGCUGUUUGGUCCCAGCUCUCUCGAGGAGAAAAUCAACUUCCAGAUCGCCAUCAUCCUCGGCAGCUCCAUGUUAGCUGUGAUCCUCAACAACAGCCUCCCAACUUCCUCCAACAAACCACCUAUAAUAGGUACUCACCUUUAUCGAAUAACACCUGAUUUUCACACAGUGGUGUUCUUCCUGGGCACCUUCCUGCUCAUGAUCAUGGCUGUGUUAGACACCUUCUUCCUGUUGUACCAGCAGCGCAAAUCCCGACACUUAGGCAAGGCUCUCAGAGGUUUCCAGCAAGAUGUGCGUGCUGAGCUGGCCAGGAGAGCCCUGAGCAACCAGCCCGUGGCACACCUGGCCAAGGAAGGCUCCCACCUACUGAACCCUCCCAAGAAGAGCCAGGGACAAGGACAGACAGCCAAGCACCACUGGCAGCCACAGGAGCAGGACCCGUUCCUGCCGGUUCUGGAGAAGGUUCUGCUCUACAGCCACUUCUUCCUGUCUCUGUUUUUCUUUACUAUCAUCUCUGUAAAAUGGAGCAGCUAG